AUGACCCGAUGUGUCACCGAUUCGGGUCCGGGUUGCUGUUGUCCUGGUAACAAUGGCAGCCGUGGGGCGGACGGAGCCGCUGCGGAAGCCGUGCACUUAUCAGGGGCGCUUCAGAGAUUUACAUCCACAUGCAACCUGAAGUAUCUGGGAGAGCUGGUGGACAGCCUAAAUCCAGAGAUAGUGGAUGUUAACAUUAAGAAACCACUGCAACCCAUCCAAAUGAGCAGCGAGCAAGUGGCUGUGGAGAUCUGGUCUCUCUGUUUUCAGCUUGACCUUCUCAUCCGAGCCGAGGUGCAUCAUUUACAGGAACAGCUUAGAGAAGAUAAAAGUCCUGUGGAAUCAGAUUCUUUUCACACAAGAGGUAUAGGUUAUGUUGAAAGAAUUAAACAGUAUCUGGAACAUUUGCCGGACCCUGUUCCACAGCUGGAGGACUAUCUGGAUUCUCAAGGAUUGUCAACAUUGUUUCCCCGUGUUGAAAUAUUUGUAAUACACGGUAGACCUGUUGACAUGCUAGAACAGCCUCCUGUAGAUGGCUAUUUUUCCCAUAUUGGGAAACUAAAUCAACUCCUGGUUUUAAGUCAGCAACUGGAGGAUGAUUUGCAGCACCUGGGAAGCCACAAAUAUAUAGCACAUCAGCUUUCAGUCUUGUAUAAAGUUCUGAAUUAUUUCAGUGGGUCUAUUAGUUUGGGCAUCUUGAAAAAAGAUAUUGAAGCCAAUUUCAAAGCUUUAAAAUCUGGACUGGCUGUUGGCAAGGGGACUAAACAAGAGCCUCUGCUACCGUACCAUUAUGUAAGCUGGAUACUCUGUCUUACUCGCAGUAUCAUUACAACUGUGACUACCCUUCCUGAUGAACUUACAGAAGAAUUAUCUUUGACCAUGUCUUUUGUUAUGAAUCUGCGAUAAUGCACAAGCGUACUGUAGGAUGCUAGCAAACUGAACUUCAGUCUGAAACAAAUUGACAAUUGUGCACAUUUUAAAAACAAAACAUAAUGUCACUCUUCGUCUUCUGAAUGUGCUGGCUUAUACCAGUUUAGGUACCUCUGUUAUCUUUAUUGAAAUGUGUCUUUGUGAGCGAGGAUAGAUAUUGUGUGUUGCCAGUCUUUAUGACAGAGGGAUGGGGUGGGCAGUCAUGGCAGCUGAAUUUGAUUCAGCUCCCUCCUUAACAGCAUUGUGUGUCUCCCUGCACCAAAUGGAAUGCACUGGUUGAAUGCAGUAACUCACCACCACCAUUUCAAUGGUAAUCAGGGAUGGGCAAAUAGUGCUGACCUAACCAGCGAAGCCCAAAUCCUCUGAAUGAAUUUUAAAAAAUCCACCCCACACACGAGUGGCCAUACUCAAGUGUCUUACUCUGCUGUAGGUGCUACAUUAGUGCAAAUUAUUUUAUAUUGUUUCUGUUUACAGGAGUCCCUGGGUGGCAAUCAGAAGUAGAGGUACUUAUAGUAUCAGAGAUAAUGGGAACUGCAGAUGCUGGAGAAUUCCAAGAUAAUAAAAUGUGAGGCUGGAUGAACACAGCAGGCCAAGCAGCAUCUCAGGAGCACAAAAGCUGACGUUUCGGGCCUAGACCCUUCAUCAGAGAGGGGGAUGGGG